GGAGUCCUGGUUUCCGGUCGGUCUUUAAACACAACCGGAACAGCAUGCUAACACGACGCCUUUGUAGGAAUCCAUUGAAUUAGAAUAUAUGUACAGUUUACCUCCCCAUCUCAUAAACGCGUUCUCGUCUUUAAGUAUUACGACAUUAUGACGUCUAAACCAUAGAGUAAGCCAUGGAGUGUGAUAUUUUGGACUCUUUGGAGCAACUCGGUUAUGAAGGUCCCCUGACGGAUGAGGCGGCGUUGCUCCAAGCCGCACGGGGUGGCCUGUCGUCGGCGGAGUAUUUGGAUUUAUGCCGGUGGUUGGUGUCCCGGUUAAAGCCAUUGUGUGGAUUGGAGGAGAGCAUCACCACCGGUCCAGAGGACUUGGUCAGCCUGGAGGUGGACCUGAGAGGCUUGAUGAAGGAGCUUUGCUACCCGUAUCAUGUGACAGCAAUACAGAAAGGAAGCCCCAAAGAGCAUCUCACGUUUCUCUUGUUUUUAAGCUCGGAACUGCAGGCGGCACAGAUCGUCACCCGCAGACGAAGCCACAUUCAGGGACAAAACGGGAGCUCGGUGUCUCGGGAGCUGCGGGAAAUUUGCCAGAUCUUGAACGUGUCGCCGUGUAAGGGAAAGGACGCCGUGGAUGUUCUGUCUCUUAUCCAAGGCAAAGUGGGUACACUUGUUGAAACCUCCCCAAAUGGCAUUGUGGGAAAACCUGCUUUGAAGAAAGCUCUCAGCAGUGAACAGUGGGAGAAGUUACACAGCGUGAAUGCGGUCAUGUCGUCGGAGUACGAGUGUCGUCGCAGGAUGCUCAUCAAGCGGCUGGACGUCACCGUUCAGUCGUUCGGCUGGUCCGACCGGGCCAAGGCAAAGGUGGACAGCAUGGCUCAAGCUUACCAGCCCAAGAGACACGCGCUGAAGGCGGAGACCACGGCGGACGCCGCCGCCCUGCUCGCCGCCAGGGAGGACGUCUGCAACGUGGUGAAGACCAGCAGCGGCGCCAGCAGGGAGAACACCGCCUGCGCCGUCAACAAGGUCCAAAUGGGGAGAGUUCCCGACCGAGGCGGGCGCCCCUCCGAAAUAGAAGCCCCCCUCCCCGAGAUGCCCCCCUGGCAGAAAAGGCAAGACGGAGGAGGCAACCGGGGUGGUCGUGGGCAACGAGGAGGAGGAUGGGGAGGUGGAGGCGAUUGGCACGGCGGGAGACACAACCACGGCGGAAAGCGACGACGGUACCAGUAUUGAGGUUUUUUUUUUUUGUUUUUAAACAAGGUAGUCAAAACUUUUCUACGAAAAGAUCAGUCGAUAGUGGAUUACGCAAUCGAACGGACUCUUUUAUACCAGCAAUCAUCAACCUCAGUAACCUCUCGCUGUAUUUCAUAAACAUAUUUUUCCUUUUUUUUUUUUUUUUUUAAAAAUAUGUGCCGGUGGAGCGCAGUAGCGCCUCGGAGAUGUAAAAGUGACGUGAAUUUUUUCAGUUCCUGUUUUUGCUCUGAUUUGAGAUGCGAGUGCAGUCAACUCACUUCACGCAUUUAUUUCACGAUUCAUCUUUGUAGUUGCGUUUGAAGUUAUUGUCAGACUAAACCUAGAAAGGGAAAGAAUUGGAUGACGUGGAUUUGAAUUUUUUUUUAGUGCCACGGCUGUAUUAAUGCCUCUUUUAAAACCCAAACGUUCAGUGCCAAGGACGUUUUUGACGCCCCCCCCACGGGGUGGUGCUGCAGGACGGUAUGAAGGUGCCCUCCCGCCAUUGUCAGUCUUGCAGAAAAUAUUAAUCUGACUGAAUCGCAAGCGGAUGGAAGUUCACUUCCAGUUUUCGCUACGUUUGCUAAGUCCCACCCGCAAAUUUCAACGUUUUGUCGAGUCGCCCUGACAAAAAAACCAAAAAUGAAAUCCAAGUUGAUGACCUGGGCGCACACAGUCGAACUCACUUUCUCCAAUGGAGAAACUGCGACCCCUGGUGGCUCUUGUUGAAUGUUUUGAAACGUUGCAUAGAGUCGUUUGUUGAACCACCGAUUAUCGUGGAUAGCUGGAUGCUAAUACGACAAAGAGAGGGAACGGGUGUGAAAUAACGUAGUGGGCGCGGAUAUAGUCAGAGGCAAUUGGCAAUGAUCCUCCCGUUCAUUGACCGCACGCUCCAUGUAUUUCCUGAAUAAACAUAUGUACGUAUGAAAUUACAAAUGUGGUUACGUGUUAAUGGAAACCGUCAUUUUUGUUCUGACAGUUCAUGUGAAACAACACGGAAAUUUUGACUGUCUGUGAUGCAGUUCACCCCUGAUUCAAAUUUUAAAUCGCAGUAGCAGUAAUAGGCGAAGGUCAGGCACUUGUGAUAAGUAGCUAGCAAACCCCACCCAUGGCAUUUUGGUCGCAUCAAGCCUUUCUUGACAUAAUAGGAACAAUUUGCGUUAUCGCCAUUUGUUGCAUGCAAUGACAUAAAACUUGCUAACCAAAACAGAAGCCUGUACGUGACAAACGGUUUCAUGUCAUGUGGAGAAAAGGUUGUUUAUGUUGACGCACGCAUGCCACAAUCUUGGUUCGUUGACAUAACUUUGGUUCACUUUACUCGAUGAAAUAGUUGUAAAAAUGUGUUUGUACAAAUAAAACACCUCAC